CCCGGACUGAGGUUUCUUCUCUUCAUUGCAGAUGUGAUUAUAAAUGAGAAUCGCUGGAAUGGGGAAAUACUGCUGCAGUCAACGUUCACUAGUCAGUUAUUGAAUCUUGGAAGCUGCUCGACUAUUAAUCAGAACAAAUUCUCGCAUAUAGUGGAUGUCAAUAUUCUCCAGGAUUUGCUGGCAUAUGUGUCUUCCAAGCAUGCCUAUCUUCAAGCUCUCCCCCAUAGGAAGACCCAGACUUUGAACAAUAUACAACAUAUUCAACUAGAUCAGCUCAAACCAGAUAGAUUGGUGCACGCAAUAGUGAAAAUUAUCAACAUCACUGUGCUAUCAGAAUCUACAUACAGUUACAAAGGAGAAACAAAAAGAAAAAUUAUUUUAACAGUGGAACAAAUCAAGGAUCAGCAUUAUGUCUUGGUGUUAUGGGGCGCUCUAUCAGCUCACUGUCCUCAGCUUCAAAUGAAAAGAGACCACAUAUGGGAGUUCAAAUACCUAUUUGCAAAACACAGUCCUAUCUCUGGUGAACUCGAAUUGCAUACAACACCAUGGACAUCUUUGGAGUGCCUCUUCAAUGAUGAUAGAAGAGCUAUUGAGUUCAAAGAGAACUUUCAGAAGGAUGUCAGAUCACUGAUGGGUAUAACUACCCUGGCUGCACUUCUGGAGGAGAAAUGUUCUGGAAUGAUCCAAGUGAAAGCCUGCAUCUCAGAGUUGAAGUUUGCUGUUGCCUCUUCUCCAUAUGGACAACUUGUCUUUGAUGAUAAAACUUCACUGCAGCAGAUAUUUGCUUCUCUUACUCGGAUCACCUAUGCGGGCUGUGCAAAAUGUGGACUUGAACUACAGAUAGAUGAUAACAAGAUCUACAAACAGUGUGUUAGCUGCAUACCCUCUAAUAAAAUGAAGAUAUUCUACAGACCUGCACUGAUGACUGUAGAGGAUGGGAAAUGCGAUGUGUCCGUUCAAGUGGCGUCAGAACUAAUGGAGAAAAUGUUCCUCAAUAUUCCAGCAGAGUGGCUGAACAAGGCUAUAGCACCUUCUUUAGAGACCACAUACGGCAUGAUAGUAGCAGAUCUGUGUCAUUCACUGCUCACAGACACACAAGCAUCCUAUAUUUUGGAAAUCCGGAGCCAUUUUGUACUGGAUGAAAAUAGCUACCCUUUGGAGAAGAUUUUCAAUUUGCUGGAUUUUCAUCUUGAUCUCUGAAUAUAUAUAUAUUGAAAUGAAAUAUUUAUUUUUAAUGAUUUAUGAAAUAUCCCAGGUUUUGUAUUUUUAUAGAUACCCUUUGUAUUAUUUAUGAGCAGCAAUUAUUUCUAUGAAAGAUCCUUCUGGUAAUUAUUAUGAAACUAGCAGGAUUAAUUAUUGGGGUAUUCUGAAAACAUCCAGUCAACAUUUUGAACGUCUUACCUAAGAAACUACUUUUUCCUACUCUACCCUUCCAUAUGAACCCAAUUUUUAAACCUUUUUUACCAUUGUACAGUGAUAUUUAUAAUAAAAUUCACUUUUGAAAGUA